AUGGGUGUUGGCCAGAGAAAGUUGGUCCCAUUCUGGGUCCUAGCCCUGGCCCUGGCUUGCAGUCAAUGCACAGGCCAGGCCCAGCAGGAAGCUCUGAAAUCUGACCAUGAGCACCACUCUGACUUUUUUCUCUUUCAAGGGCAUGAUGGGUCCUCACUCCAUGGGGUGACAAUCAUCCCACCUCUGCAGACCAUCCCUGUGGUACGAGCCCUCAACCCAGCACACACUGGGCGGGUGUGCAGCACAUGGGGCGACUUCCACUACAAGACCUUUGACGGCCAGGUCUUCCGCUUCCCUGGCCUCUGCAACUAUGUGUUCUCUGCACACUGUGGGGCUGCCUACGAGGACUUCAAUAUCCAGCUACGUCGUGGCUGGGAGUCCAAUUCCACCACACUGAGCAGGGUCACCAUGAAGCUUGAUGGCCUUGUUGUUGAGCUGACCAAGAACUCCGUAUUAGUCAAUAACCACCAGGUCCAGCUGCCCUUCAGCCAGUCUGGGGUCCUCAUUGAGCUCAGCGGUGGCUACCUGAAGGUGGUAGCCAGGCUGGGGCUGGUCUUCAUGUGGAACGACGAUGACAGUCUUCUGCUGGAGUUGGACACCAAAUAUGCCAACAAAACUUGUGGCCUCUGUGGAGACUUCAAUGGCAAUCCAGACUCCAGCGAGUUCCUCUCCCACAAUACUGAGCUGACACCCCUUGAGUUUGGCCAUCUUCAGAAGAUGGAUGGCCCCACAGAGCAAUGCCAGGACCCCCCUCCUGUGCCCCAGAAGAACUGCUCCAUCACAUCUGGGAUCUGUGAGAAGAUUCUGAAAGGUCCACUGUUCUCUGACUGUGCGGCCCUGGUGGACAUCAGCAGCUACCUGGAGGCUUGCCGGCAGGACCUCUGUCUCUGUAAGAGCCCUGACCUGCCCAGCUGCAUCUGCCAUACCCUGGCUGAAUACUCCCGUCAGUGUGCCCAUGCCGGAGGACAGCCCCAGGAUUGGCGGAGUCCCGACCUCUGCUUCCAGACAUGCCCCCUCAACAUGCAGCACCAAGAAUGUGGCUCACCCUGUAUGGACACCUGCUCCAACCCCCAGCGCUCCCAGGUCUGUGAGGACCACUGUGUUGCUGGCUGCUUCUGUCCUGAGGGGAUGGUGCUUGAUGACAUCCACCAGACUGGCUGUGUCCCUGUAUCUCAGUGUGCCUGCCUGUACAAUGGGACAUCUUAUGCACCGGGUACCAAUUACUCUACUGACUGCACCAACACAUGCUCUGGAGGUCGGUGGAGCUGCCAGGACGUCCCAUGCCCUGGUACCUGCUCAGUGCUGGGAGGCUCCCACUUCUCCACAUUUGAUGAAAGGCAAUACACAGUGCACGGGGACUGCAGCUACGUGUUGAGCAAGCCCUGUGACAGCAAUGUCUUCACUGUGCUGGCUGAACUGCGAAAGUGUGGACUGACUGACAGCGAGACUUGCCUGAAGAGUGUGACAUUGAGCCUGGGUGGGGGGCAGACGGUGGUCACGGUGAAAGCCACUGGGGAGGUCUUUGUGAACCAGAUCUAUACCCAGCUGCCAGUGUCUACAGCUAAUGUUACCCUCUUCCGGCCUUCAACCUUCUUCAUCAUUGCCCAGACCAACGUGGGUGUGCAGCUUGAGGUCCAGCUGGUGCCCAUCAUGCAGGUGUUUGUGCGGCUGGCACCUGCGCUCAGGGGGCUAACCUGUGGACUCUGUGGGAACUUCAACAGUAUCCAGGCAGAUGACUUCCAGACCAUCAGUGGGGUUGUGGAGGGCACAGCAGCUGCCUUCUUUAACACCUUCAAGACGCAGGCAGCUUGUCCCAAUGUCAAGAACAUCUUUGAGGACCCCUGCUCACUCAGCGUGGAGAAUGAGAAGUAUGCUCAGCAUUGGUGUUCUCAGCUGACUGAUGCCAACGGCCCAUUUUCUCAGUGCCACGCCAUCGUGAACCCCAGCACCUACUUCUCGAACUGCAUGUUUGACACAUGCAACUGUGAGAAGAGUGAGAACUGCAUGUGUGCGGCCCUGUCCUCCUAUGUGCGUGCCUGUGCUGCCAAAGGCGUGCUGCUCAGUGGCUGGAGAGAUGGCGUCUGCACAAAGCCUACAAUGACCUGCCCAAAGUCAAUGACCUACCAAUACCACAUCAGCACCUGCCAGCCCACCUGCCGUGCUCUGAAUGAGGAAGAUGUCACCUGCCAUGUCAACUUCAUCCCUGUAGAUGGCUGCACCUGCCCCAAAGGCACCUUCUUGGAUGAUACGGGCAAGUGUGUGCAGGCCACCAGCUGCCCUUGCUACCACAGAGGAUCCACGGUUCCCAAUGGCGAGUCUGUGCAUGACAGUGGGGCCAUUUGCACCUGCACCCAAGGAACACUAACCUGCAUCGGAGGUCCUGCACCGACUCCAGUGUGUGACGCACCCAUGAUCUAUUUUGACUGUCGCAAUGCCACACCUGGGGACACUGGAGCUGGAUGUCAGAAAAGCUGUCACACCCUGGACAUGACCUGUUACAUCUCUGACUGCGUGCCCGGCUGUGUGUGCCCAGAUGGGUUGGUGGCAGAUGGCAAUGGAGGCUGCGUUGUUGCUGAGGACUGCCCUUGUGUGCACAAUGAGGCCACCUACAGGCCGGGGGAGACCAUCAGAGUGGGAUGUAACAACUGCACCUGUGAGAAUAGGAUGUGGCAGUGCACAGACAAGCCCUGCCUGGCCACCUGCGCUGUGUACGGGGAUGGCCACUACCUCACUUUUGAUGGGCAGCGCUACAGCUUCAGCGGGGACUGCGAGUACACACUACUGCAGAACCACUGUGGUGGGAACGGCAGCUCCCAGAACGCCUUUCGUGUUGUCACCGAGAAUGUCCCUUGUGGUACCACUGGAACCACCUGCUCCAAGGACAUCAAGAUCUUUCUAGGGAACUAUGAGCUGAAGCUGAGUGACGGCAAGAUGGAGGUGAUCCAGAAGGGGGUCGGGCAGGAGCCCCCCUACUAUGUCCACCAGAUGGGCAUCUACCUGGUGGUGGAGACUGACUUUGGCCUGGUGCUUCUGUGGGACAGGAAGACAAGCAUCUUUCUCAGACUCAGCCCUGACUUCAAGGGCAGGGUCUGUGGCCUGUGCGGGAACUUUGAUGACAAUGCCAUCAACGACUUCACUACACGCAGCCAGUCUGUGGUGGGAGAUGUGCUGGAGUUUGGAAAUAGCUGGAAGUUCUCUCCAUCCUGCCCGGAUGCCCUGGUGCCCAAGGACCCCUGUACCGCCAACCCUUACCGCAAGUCCUGGGCCCAAAAACAGUGCAGCAUCAUCAACAGUGCAACCUUCGCCGUCUGCCAUGCCCAUGUGGAGCCUGCCAAGUACUAUGAGGCCUGUGUGAGUGACGCGUGUGCCUGCGACUCAGGGGGCGACUGUGAGUGCUUCUGCACUGCUGUCGCUGCCUACGCCCAGGCCUGCCAUGAAGUGGGAGUGUGUGUGUCUUGGAGGACACCAGAUAUCUGCCCGCUGUUCUGUGACUACUACAACCCAGAGGGUCAGUGUGAGUGGCACUACCAGCCUUGUGGGGCCCCAUGCAUGCGCACCUGCCAGAACCCUAGUGGAGAGUGCCUACAAGAUCUUCGUGGUCUUGAAGGCUGCUACCCCAAGUGCCCACCAACAGCCCCCAUCUUUGAUGAGGGCACGAUGCAGUGUGUACCCAACUGUAUGGUCACCCCAUCACCUACACCGCCACUUCCCUGCCGCAUCAAAGGAAAGUUGUACCGACCAGGUGCCAGAAUACCUUCAGACAAGAACUGUUUUUCUUGCAUUUGCAAGUAUGGUAACGAUGUGCACUGCUUUCCUGAUGCUGCCGCCUGUGUCUGUAUCUACAAUGGGCAACACUUCCGUCCGGGGGAUGUCAUCUACCACACAACGGACGGCAUGGGAGGCUGUAUCUCUGCACACUGCAGGGCCAAUGGUACCAUCGAGAGGACUGUUGACAUCUGCAGCCCCACUACUCCCACACCCCCGACCACUUUCUCCUUCUCCACACUGCUUGUCAUGACCUCAAUACGACCGUCCAGCACACAUCCCAGCCCUACCCCGAGUGUAGUGGACUCAGGGUCCACAAGCAGAACUGCAUCAACAACCAGCAGCAUGUCAUCUGUGACGACCCCUGCCCCAGCUUCCACCGUGACCACGUCUACUGUGACCACCUUAACCAUGCCAAGUUGCCAGGAGGAGUGCCUCUGGUCUCCUUGGCUAGAUGUCAGCCGUCCUGGACGUGGUAUUGAUAGUGGUGACUUUGACACUCUGGAGAACCUCCGUGCCCACGGCUACCAGAUCUGCCAAGUGCCGAGAGCAGUGGAGUGCCGUGCUGAGAAGACCCCUGAGGUGCCUAUUCAGGCAGCAGGGCAGCACGUGGAGUGCAGCACAACUGUAGGGCUGACGUGUCACAACCGUGAUCAGGUGUCAGGGCUCUGUGACAACUACCAGAUCAGAAUUCAGUGCUGUAUCCUCAUCAACUGUACAACCUCCAGUGGGCCCACCCAGACCACCCACCUGAUAGCCUCCAGGACAACUGCAAAGGGACCCACAACCUCCUCAGCUCCCAUCACGUCAACUGACCACACUGGUAGCACAGUUAUCUCAGGCCCCUCGACCCCAGGACCUUUGCCCUCUUCCUCUGGUCCUUUUUCAUCAGCUCCAGGCCCAUCUACCUCUGCCCCAGUCAGCUCCACGACUGUUAAGACAACUCUGUCCACUACUAACCCAAUGCCAGAGAAAACUUCAGCCACAUCGCCUGUGUCCAUCUCAACCCUGGAGACCACCGUGGCCUCCCUCGAGACUACUCAUGCAUGUAAACAGGAGCUUUGCGGUUGGACUGACUGGAUAGAUGGCAGCUACCCUGGGUCUGACAGAAACAGUGGAGAUUUUGACACUUUUGUAAACCUGAGAUCCAAAGGGUACAAGUUCUGUGAGAAACCACGAAACGUCGAGUGCAGGGCUCAGUUCUUUCCCAACACACCACUGAAGGAGCUGGGGCAGGAUGUGACCUGCAACCGAGAGGAAGGAUUGAUCUGUUUGAAUAAGAACCAGCUGCCACCCAUGUGCUACAACUAUGAGAUACGAAUAGAGUGCUGCACUGUAGUAGACCGGUGUGCCACACCUUCGGCUGCCACACAUCCCACCUCACCUGGGGUCACCAUGACAACAAAGACCAACUGGACCACAAGUGUGCAUUCCUCUCCCACCAAGGAUACCAAUACUCACUCAGCAGUCGUACACACAAAAACCUGGAUGACAGGCAGUCCACACACAACCACCCAUCCGGGGACCACCCACUGCCAGCCACAGUGCAACUGGACCAAGUGGUUUGACACUGACUUCCCGGUGCCUGGUCCACAUGGAGGGGACCUGGAAACCUACAGCAACAUCCUGAGGAGGGGAGAGAAGAUCUGUCACCGGCCAGAGGAGAUCACACAGCUGGAAUGCAGGGCUGAGAACCACCCUGAGAUGACGGUGCAGGAUCUGGAUCAGGUGGUACAGUGUGACCCCAGUGUGGGCCUAGUGUGUAGGAACCAGGACCAGCAAGGCACCUCUGGGCUGUGCCUCAACUACAAGGUGCGAGUGCUGUGCUGCCGCAUUCCUGAAGGCUGCCAGACCAUCACACGUGCCACUCUUUCCAGCACCCCAAGUGAGACUGUCACCAGCUCAGUGCCUGGCUCUUCCAUGCCUCAAACCAAACCAACCAUCGUGCCAACAGACAGUACCACCUCCACACCCAGAACAACGUCACCGACUACAGAAAAGAUGAGCACCACCCUCAAGCCCCAAACCAGCUCAACACCUAUAGGGGAAGCCAGCACCACCUCCUGGCAACCAGGCAGCACCAUUUCUACCAGGGGCACCAGCACCACCUCCCGGCAACCAACCAGCACCAUUUCUACCAGGGGCACCAGCACCACCUCCCAUCAACCAGCCAGCACCAUUUCUACCAGGGGCACCAGCACCACCUCUCAUCAACCAGCCAGCACCAUUUCUACCAGGGGCACCAGCACCACCUCCACACCCCAAACCAGCUCAACACCUAUAGGGGAAGCCAGCACUACCUCCUGGCAACCAGCCAGCACCAUUUCUACCAGGGGCACCAGCACCAUCUCCUGGGGCACCAGCACCACCUCCACACCCCAAACCAGUUCAGCCUCAGGGCCAACAACCAGCACAGUGUCCACCAGGAGCCCCAGCACCACCUCUGUGCAGACAGAGCACACGACAUCCAUGGGAAAAUCCAGCACCAUCUCUGCUCCUAUCAGCACCACAGGCCCCGGGCCGCAUUCUGAGGUGACUUCUUCCACAAUGACCACCCACUGCCAGCCACAGUGCAACUGGACCAAGUGGUUUGACACUGACUUCCCGGUGCCUGGUCCACAUGGAGGGGACCUGGAAACCUAUAGCAACAUCCUGAGGAGGGGAGAGAAGAUCUGCCACCGGCCAGAGGAGAUCACACAGCUGGAAUGCAGGGCUGAGAACCACCCUGAGAUGACGGUGCAGGAUCUGGGUCAGGUGGUACAGUGUGACCCGAGUGUGGGCCUAGUGUGUAGGAACCAGGACCAGCAAGGCACCUCUGGGCUGUGCCUCAACUACAAGGUGCGCGUGCUGUGCUGCCGCAUUCCUGAAGGCUGCCAGACCAUCACACCCUCAGGGCCAACAACCAGCACAGUGUCCACCAGGAGCCCCAGCACCACCUCUGUGCAGACAGAGCACACGACAUCCAUGGGAAAAUCCAGCACCAUCUCUGCUCCUAUCAGCACCACAGGCCCCGGGCCGCAUUCUGAGGUGACUUCUUCCACAAUGACCACCCACUGCCAGCCACAGUGCAACUGGACCAAGUGGUUUGACACUGACUUCCCGGUGCCUGGUCCACAUGGAGGGGACCUGGAAACCUAUAGCAACAUCCUGAGGAGGGGAGAGAAGAUCUGCCACCGGCCAGAGGAGAUCACACAGCUGGAAUGCAGGGCUGAGAACCACCCUGAGAUGACGGUGCAGGAUCUGGAUCAGGUGGUACAGUGUGACCCGAGUGUGGGCCUAGUGUGUAGGAACCAGGACCAGCAAGGCACCUCUGGGCUGUGCCUCAACUACAAGGUGCGCGUGCUGUGCUGCCGCAUUCCUGAAGGCUGCCAGACCAUCACACGAAAAGCCAGCACCACCUCCACACCCCAAACCAGUUCAGCUUCAGGGCCAACAACCAGCACAGUGUCCACCAGGAGCCCCAGCACCACCUCUGUGCAGACAGAGCACACGACAUCCAUGGGAAAAUCCAGCACCAUCUCUGCUCCUAUCAGCACCACAGGCCCCGGGCCGCAUUCUGAGGUGACUUCUUCCACAAUGACCACCCACUGCCAGCCACAGUGCAACUGGACCAAGUGGUUUGACACUGACUUCCCGGUGCCUGGUCCACAUGGAGGGGACCUGGAAACCUAUAGCAACAUCCUGAGGAGGGGAGAGAAGAUCUGCCACCGGCCAGAGGAGAUCACACAGCUGGAAUGCAGGGCUGAGAACCACCCUGAGAUGACGGUGCAGGAUCUGGAUCAGGUGGUACAGUGUGACCCGAGUGUGGGCCUAGUGUGUAGGAACCAGGACCAGCAAGGCACCUCUGGGCUGUGCCUCAACUACAAGGUGCGCGUGCUGUGCUGCCGCAUUCCUGAAGGCUGCCCUGUGACCCAUGGGAGUCCUCCUGUGACAACACCACUCAAGCCUUCACUUCCAGUUGUGACACCCUCAUCUGUGUCCCCAUUCUCAUCGUCCAGCCCUACAGUACACUCUACCACCCCUUGUUUCUGCAGUGUGUCAGGCCAGUUGUAUUCUUUGGGAUCCAUCAUCUAUAGACAGCCCGACCUUGAUGGCCAUUGUUACUAUGCGUUGUGCAGCCAGGAUUGCCAGGUGGUCCGAUUGGUUAGUCAGAACUGCCCAUCCACCAUGCCAUCCCCUACACCAGCCUUAUCCACAACUACGUCUACGUUGCCCCCUGUCACAGAGCGGGAUCGGUGCAAUGUGUUUCCUCCAAGAAUGAAAGGGGAGACCUGGCCCAUGCCUAACUGUUCCCAAGCCACCUGUGAGGGCAACAAUGUCAUCUCUCUGAGCCCACGCCAGUGCCCAGAGGUGAAGGCACCAUCUUGCGCCAAUGGCUACCCACCCCUGAAAGUGGAUGACCAGGAUGGUUGCUGCCAGCACUACCAGUGCCAGUGUGUUUGCAGCGGCUGGGGUGACCCGCACUACAUCACAUUUGAUGGCACCUACUACACUUUCCUGGAUAACUGCACAUAUGUGCUGGUGCAGCAGAUUGUGCCUGUGUUUGGACCCUUCCGUGUGCUCAUUGACAACUACUUUUGUGACCUGGGAGACAACGUUUCCUGCCCACAGUCCAUCAUUGUCGAGUACCACCAGGACCGUGUGGUGCUGACCCGCAGGCCAGUUGGCGGGGUCAUGACUAACCAGAUCCUCUUCAACAACAAGGUAGUCAGUCCUGGCUUCCAGCAGAAUGGCAUUGUCACCUCCAGUGUGGGCAUCAAGAUGUACGUUACCAUCCAAGAGAUUGGUGUCCAAGUCAUGUUUUCAGGCCUCAUCUUCUCUGUCGAGGUGCCCUUCAACCUGUUUGCCAACAACACAGAGGGCCAAUGCGGCACUUGUACCAACGACAAGAAGGAUGAGUGUCGCCUGCCUGGAGGUGCAAUAGCCUCCUCAUGCUCUGAGAUGUCCCUCCACUGGAAGGUGCCCAACCAGCCUUUCUGCCAAGGGCCUCACCCAACACCAAGUUCAGUGGUACCUAAGUCGCCACCUGUCCUGUGCCCACCAUCGCCAAUCUGUCAGCUCAUCCUAAGCGAAGUCUUCCAGGCCUGCCACGAUGUCAUCCCUCCAAUACCGUUCUAUGACGGCUGCAUUUUCGACUACUGCCACGUGUUGGACUUGGAGGUGGUCUGCUCAGGCCUAGAGCUCUACGCAUCACUCUGUGCAGCCCGUGGCGUGUGCAUCUCCUGGAGAAGCAAGACAAACAACACCUGUCCAUUCACCUGCCCCGAUAACAAAGUAUACCAGCCUUGUGGCCCAUCAAACCCUUACUACUGUCACAGGGAUGAUGACAUCAGCACUAGCCUGAUCCUUCAAGAGGCUGGCUCAUCUACAGAGGGCUGCUUCUGUCCAGACAACAUGAUACUUCUCAGUACUAAUGAUUCAAUCUGCGUGCCUUCCUGCCAGUGGUGUCUGGGGCCUCAUGGGGAACCCGUGGAGCCGGGCCGUACCAUCAGCAUCGACUGCCAGGACUGCAUCUGCAAAAAUGCCACCCUGACCUGCCAAAGGAAGUCCUGCCCAGAGCCUACCUGUCCAGAGCCUGGUUUGGUGCCAGUGCCUAUAGCCCUGGAGGCUGGCCAGUGUUGUCCCCGGUUCAGCUGUGUCUGCAACUCGAGCUACUGUCCUCCUCCUCUGCGCUGCCCGGAGAAUUCUAGCCUGAUGGUCACGUAUGAGGAGGGAGCCUGCUGCCCGAGACAAAACUGCAGCAGUUGGAAGGGCUGCGAAGUCAACGGAACUGUCUAUCAGCCCGGUGCCGUGGUCUCCUCCAGCUUAUGUGAAACAUGCUUGUGUGAGGCGUCCAGCAAUCCCCUUUUAGGUGUCUUUGUGGUCAACUGUGAGACUGAGCUCUGUAACACCCAGUGUGCUAAGGGCUUUGAGUACCAGGCCAAGCCAGGGCAGUGCUGUGGCCACUGUGUGCCGAAGGCCUGCCCCUUUAAAACCAACAACAACUCUACGUACUACUACCUUCCUGGUGAGUCCUGGCCAGAACCUGGGAACCCAUGUGUGACUCAUAAGUGUGAGAUCUUCCAAGAUAUGUUCGUGGUUGUGACGACAAAGAGAGAGUGCCCCAAGUUGAACUGCCCGCAGGACCAGGCUCGGCUGAGAGAAGAUGGUUGCUGCUAUGACUGUGUCAUGCUCCAGCAGAAAUGCACAGUACAUGAAAGACAGCAGAUCAUCCGUCAACAAAACUGCCGUUCUGAGGGUCCAGUGAGCCUCUCCUACUGCCAGGGCAACUGCGGUGACAGCACCUCUAUGUACUCCCUGGAGGCCAACACGGUGGAGCACAAGUGCGAGUGCUGCCAGGAGCUGCAAACCUCGCAGAGGAAUGUGACUCUGCACUGUGAUGACGGCUCCAGUCGUACCUUCAGCUAUACCCAGGUUGAGAAGUGUGGCUGCCUGGGCCAGCUGUGCCAUGCUCCAGGUGACACAAGCCACUCAGAGUCCACAGAACCAGAUUUCAAGUCCAGAGAAAGUAAGGAACAUGACCAGUGGUCAGCACUCAGGGCCAGCGAGGAGGCUCUUGAGCCUUCCCAGUAAACUGAGCUGCACUGCUGUCCCAACAAACCACCGAGAAGUCCUCCCGAGGCCAGCAGGGCAUGCGCUUUUGUCCAAGUGACUUGAAUUCCAGACCUUCUACCUACCCACCACUUCCUCUUCAAGAUGGCAUCAACCUCUGCUGUUCUUGGAGGC